AUAACGCUGAACAAAAUGCAGUAAGAAAGAGCUCGUAGAUAUGUGGUAGUACGGAUGUGUGAUUAUGUUGCGCAUUUAAUACAAAUUACGGCGAGCGAGUGUUCCUAAGUUUUGGAGGACUCACAUCACAUCACAUCACAUGUGAAUUUUUGUUUUCAGUGUACGGCACGCUGUUUUGAAGACAGUGGGUGAUUCAAGAUUGAAUUUUGAAGUGUGCUUCGCAGUUUUCUGUUCUCGCAUGUGAGCGUUUUGUUGAAUUUCAUGAAGUGGGUCCUUCUUUCUCUUGUGCCUCUGAACAUCCUUUCUGGAAAUGUAUGGCUUCCCACUCUCUCUCUCUCUGCUGCAACAAUAUAUAUACACACAACUACUGAAGUCUCUCAGUUCCAAACUCAAUCGUUGCAUCAUCUUCACUUCAACCACAAUCACAGUUAGUUAUGGGUAUUCGUCUUCCGAUAUUUAUGGCUGUUCAUGCGAACAAGAUAUUGAAGUGGCAGCAGCAUCUGCAUAAUAGAAACAACUCGAACGUUCCGAAGGGUCACGUAGCGGUGUAUGUGGGAGAGGCUCAAAAGAAGAGGUUCGUGGUUCCAAUAUCUUACUUGAACCAUCCUUCGUUUCUUGAUUUGCUCAACCGAGCUCAGGAAGAAUUUGGCUACAAUCAUCCAAUGGGAGGUCUCACUAUCCCUUGCAAAGAAGAGGCAUUCAUCUCUCUCACCUCUCAAUUACGUUCCUGAAACAUAUAUUAAUUUCCUCUCUCUCUGUCUUUUCUCGCCAUUUUCACAGUUUUUUUCAUACGUACUAACACAAAUACGUCAUAAGAUGUAUUUCAUUGUACACAGUUUUAUUAUAUAUGUAUAAGUAUUGACUACGAUUUCUCAGAACUCUACCAAAUUCAUUUUUCUGCCAUUCAUAUGCUGCUUGUUCAGUGUUGCAGCUUUCCUUUGUAGUUAUCAUCUUCUUCUAUAUCUAUAUAUUGUAGAUGAUGAUUAAUCAGAUUUUGGAGUAGAAUCUUAUCCGAUAGUAAUAGAAAAAUGGAAUUAUGAUAGUGUAUUCAAUUAUGCUUAGUGUUAUAUAUACCUAUAUAGAAUGCAGUUAGCAGCUGAAUAUUGAAAUCUUAUUUGCAACAGUGCAUGUUUGCAGUUUCUUGUAUUUUAAUCCUCGAGCAGUGCAAAUUUUGUCCAAUGUGUCAUAGCCAUCCAAACAUAAUUAUUGUCUUUUUUAGUAAAGUUAAAUAUUUUGUUCUAAAAAUAUUCUUAUUGUCUGCGUAUGUACUAAUUUUAGAAAUAAGGAUUAAAUAAUAUAAAAACUUCUUUUUGGUUUUUAAUUAAUCACAUUAUAAAACGAUAAAAGUUUAAACAUUUAAUGU